AUGAAGACGGACAACAUCUACGGUAACGACAAGAGCAACAACAUGCAGGGGUCAGUUUUCUGGAUGGCGCCUGAGGUGAUCCGUUCCGAGGGAACGGGAUACUCGGCCAAGGUAGACAUUUGGAGUCUAGGCUGUGUAGUGCUCGAAAUGUUUGCCGGUCGCAGGCCAUGGAGCAAGGAGGAAGCCGUAGGCGCCAUUUACAAGAUCGCCAACGGCGAGACGCCGCCCAUCCCGGACGAGGUCAGGGAGACGAUCAGCCCGCUGGCCAUUGCGUUCAUGCUGGACUGCUUUACUGUGAACCCCCACGAGAGGCCUACGGCAGAUGUGCUGCUCUCGCAGCAUCCCUUCUGCGAGCUGGAUCCAGGAUACAACUUUUUCGACACGGAGCUGUACGCGAAGAUUCGGGGCAAGGAGUUUUGA